GCCUCUUCCACCUGCCAGCGGGAUUUAAAGUUGCAGGCAGCCGCGACGCGCGGUGACUCGGGUCCCUGUGCCCGGGGCGGGCGGCAGCAUCUGCCGGGGCGGAUCGCCGCGCCGCCGCUGGACCAGGCCCGGGGCGCGUCCCCCAUUGGCUUAGGGGGAGUCCUUCUUCCGUGGCUCCCGCCUGCCUGCUCUCGUCUUAACCCCCGGUAGCAAAGGAGGGACGGGGAAGGGCGAGGGGCUGGUUCGCCCGGAAAAUCCCCAUGUCUGUGGUGGGCCGCCUGCGCGGCUCGGCCGCCGGCCCCGGCGCUACCGCGGAUUAUCGCGCCUCCGCGCCCCUGCAGCGGCCGGUCGGCCGCCGGUAGUGCCGGCGCCGCCGCCGCGGGCCCCUCCGGGGACAAGCUAUGGAGCCCGGCGCCCCGCCAGACCUCCGCGACGUCGAGCAAAAGCUGGGGCGCAAGGUGCCCGAGAGCCUGGCGCGGCCGCUGCGCGGGGAGGAGCUGCCGGGACGCCCCGCCGCCGCGCCCGCCCGCGGCCCCACGGCGGCCCCCGGCCCCCGCCGCCGCCGCGCCGCUGCCCUGGCCAGGCUGGAGACGAAACUUCACCUCCUGCGGCAGGAGAUGAUUAAUCUCCGAGCCACUGAUGUGAAGCUUAUGCGCCAGCUACUCAUCAUCAAUGAAAGUAUUGAAUCAAUCAAGUGGAUGAUUGAAGAGAAGGCCAUUGCCAGCAGAGGUAGCAGUUUGAGUGGUAGCCUGUGCAGCCUGUUGGAAAGUCAGGAGACAUCCCUCCACGGCAGCUCUAACAGUUUACAAGACUGUAGUGAUGGACUGGAUGGAAUAUCAGUGGGGAGUUACUUGGACACCUUAGUGGAUGAUGUCCCUGGUCACCAAACCCCUUCAGAUAUGGACCAGUUCAGCGAUUCUUCUAUUAUGGAGGACUCACAGCCUCUGCAUAAGCAUCCCAAAAUUGAUUCUGAUGAGUACUACUGUUUUGGUUAAUAAAAACAAGUUCCAGUGGGACACUGCACUUGGACUUAUCCUUUUUCUUUGCUGCUAUUUUGUUUCAUGUGCAAAACCCCAAACUUAUUUGGAAGGAAAACAUAAUAUGAUACUUUGAUUACACUUAAUAACUUUUCUGUUGCUUCUAAUACAUUUUCUCCUUGGUGGGAUAGGCUUUCCUCCUCCUCACCUUUUCUUAAUUUAUUGUCGCAAUUUUCCUUUUUUUUGUUUUAAUUUUUUACAAUGCUGUAUUUACAGGUCUUUAAAAGUGGUGAAGGAAAAGCUUUAUCUUUAAAAUGAGACAUCAGGGAUUAAGAGCAACAAUUUUGUACUUGUUGGCAAUAAAAUACCUUCUGAUAAAUAUAUGUUGUGGUAAAUUUUCUUGACUACCAGGUUUGGCCUUUCCAAUGACACUGAUCCUACUGAGCCUUAAAUCUGAACCUUGAAAAUACCUCUACAAAGUACUUUUCCUUUUGUAAGCAAUGACAUUUGAUUCUGUUAAGAUGUCCUAACUUGGAAUAUAAAGUAUCCUAAACUUU